AUGUCACUUUCACGACUGGUAAAUUUUGAUUAUCGUCGUGAACGUCAAAUUCGGGUUGCAAAAAUCCCUCUGACCAGACUGCAAGAUCGACACAAUCCUUUGGAGUGGUUCAAUGCCGUCGAAUUCAAAAUACGGUAUCAUAUGUACAAAGAAACUGCAAUUUUUGUUACGGACCUCAUCAGCCAAGACUUAUCUUGCCGGGUGCCAAGAGGUGUACAUAUUCCUCCGAUCAUUCAGUUCUUGACCGUCCUUCGCUUUUUUGCCACGGGGAACUUUCAAACCGACAAUGCAGACUUGCACCAGAUGUCACAACCAACAAUCUCAAAUUUAGUGAAACGGGUUUCAAAAGCAAUUGCUAAAUUUCGUAGUCGCUUUAUCCAAUUUCUAAACUUCCAAGAGGCUGAUAAAGUGCAACAGGAAUUUUAUAAAAUUGCUGGAUUUCCUGGAGUAAUUGGGAGCAUUGACUGCACGCAUAUACAUAUUAUUUCACCUGGAGGAAAUGACGCUGAGCUGUUCAGAAAUAGGAAGGGGCGCUUUUCAAUUAAUGUGCAAGCGACUUGUGACGCCUCGCUGUGCUUCACAAACGUGGUCGCUCGCUGGUAUGAGAGUGCCCACGAUUCACGGAUUUUCGAGAAUUCCCUGCUUUUUGACGAUUCGCAGGAUGGGCGAGUUCCAGGUUUGUUGGUCGGAGAUGGGGGAUAUCCUCUGCUACCUUUCCUUCUGACCCCGUUUGAACCGCCACGGACGCCGUCAGAACAGCGAUAUAAUUAUGCUCAAAUUCGAACACGCAACACCAUUGAACGGGCAUUUGGAAUUGUGAAGCGGCGCUUCCCUUGCUUGAAGAAAUUGCGCAUAAAAUUGAAGACCAGCUUAGUUGUUAUCGUGGCUGUGUCGAUUCUUCACAACAUAUGCCGGUAUUACAUUAAUAUAUAA